AUGGGAGGAACGACUCGGCGGAGCCCGGAGGACUGCCGCUUUCUGGACGCAGAGGCAGCCAAGCCGAGGAAGAAGAGCUGCCCCGGGUACCAGCUCUGUGGACUGCUCUUCAGCGUGCUGCUCCUUUCUCUUAUUCUGAUAUUUUUUGGUGUCAAAUACCUCUGGAACCCAUCACCCAGAAAAGUCUAUGACAUGGAACACACGUUCUUCAGCAACGGCGAGAAGAAGAAGAUUGUGAUGGAGAUUGACCCUCUGGCCAGGACAGAGACCUUCAGCAGCGGGAAUGGCAGUGAGGAGAUCCUGGAGAUCCAUGACUUCAAAAACGGAAUAACCGGCAUCUUCUUUGUGGGACUUCAAAAAUGUUUCAUCAAAACCCAGACUAAAGUCCUACCUGAGACGACAGAGGCCAAGAUCCCUGAGCUUGAGGGACAAGAAAUCACCACCACCUACUUUGAGCAGUCUGUGGUCUGGGUGCCUGGGGAAAAGCCCAUUCAGAACAAGGAAUUCCUGAAGAGCUCCAAAAUUUUUGACAUCUGCAAAAAUGUGACCAUCUUCUGGAUCCACCCCACGCCAAUAGCAGCUCCUGAGCUGGCCAACCUCGAAGGGGCAGAAGAAGAAGACCCUGAGCUGCUGAUAGACAACCAGAGCUGGUUGGAGGAGCUGGAGAAGGACAAGCAGGCAGGCCCCAAGCGCCGGGCACGGCAGCUCACCGAGGAGGACCUGCCCGUCAACGACUACUCAGAGAACGGGCUGGAGUUCCACCCUCUGUGGGACGAGCGAGGCUACUGCUGCGCCCAGUGCCGCCGUGCCAACCGCUACUGCCGGCGCGUCUGCGAGCCCCUGCUGGGCUACUACCCCUACCCCUACUGCUACCAGGGCGGGAGGGUCAUCUGCCGCAUCAUCAUGCCCUGCAACUGGUGGAUCGCCCGGAUGCUGGGCAGGGUGUAG